AUGGAGGCAGAGCUAGAUAAAACGCCACGGAAAAGGCAAGUCAUUUUUCUUGCUAUGCUGUUGUUUCUGUGGGAGGCUGACUCUGAGGCAAUUAGAUAUUCCAUGCCAGAAGAAACAGAAAGCGGCUACUCUGUGGCCAACCUGGAAAAAGAUCUGGGGCUCAGGGUGGGAGAGCUGGCCACUCGGGGUGCGCGAAUCCAUCACAAAGGCAGCAAACAGCUCUUGCAGCUUGAUGUAAAAACCGGCAAUUUGCUUCUACAGGAAAAACUAGACCGGGAGGUGCUGUGUGGGGCUACAGAACCCUGCAUAUUGCAUUUCAAACUGUUACUAGAAAACCCAGUGCAGUUGUUUAAAGUUGAUGUGCAACUGACAGAUAUAAAUGACCAUUCUCCAGAGUUCCUAGACAGGGAAAUGAUCCUUAGAAUCCCAGAGAGUGCACAGCAAGGGACGAUGUUUCCUUUGAAAUCAGCUCACGAUUUUGAUAUAGGUAGCAACAGUGUUCAGAACUACACAAUCAGCCCCAACUCCUAUUUUCAUGUUGCUACUCACAAUCGCGGAGAUGGCAGAAAAUACCCAGAACUGGUGUUGGACACAGCCCUGGACCGGGAGGAAGAGUCUGAGCUCAGUUUAACCCUUACAGCGCUGGAUGGUGGGGCUCCACCCAGGUCUGGGACCAUCACAGUUCGCAUUGAGGUGGUGGACAUCAAUGAUAAUGCCCCCGAAUUUUUACAGUCUUUGUAUAAGGUACAAGUUCCUGAGAACAGUCCCAUAAACUCGUUAGUUCUCAUUGUCUCUGCUAGAGAUUUAGAUGCAGGAACACACGGGAGUGUAGCCUAUUCUUUAUUUCAAGGUGAUGAAGUUUUUCAACCAUUUGUAAUACAUGAAAAAUCAGGAGAAAUUCGUCUCCAAAGGGCAUUGGAUUUUGAAGCAACCCAACAUUAUAUUGUAGAAAUUGCAGCCACAGAUGGUGGAGGCCUUGUGGGAAAAUGCACAGUGGCCAUAGAAGUGGUGGAUGUGAAUGACAAUGCUCCUGAACUAACCAUGUCCACACUCAGCAGCUCUAUCCCAGAAAACCCCUACCUGCCACUCCCGGAAGUGGCGCCCGAGCGCGGGCAGGGGAACUCGCUCACUGUCUACUUGGUUAUCGCCUUGGCCUCUGUGUCGUCGCUCUUCCUCUUCUCUGUGCUGGUGUUCUUGGUGGUGAGGCUGUGCAGGAGGCGCAGGGCGGCGCCGCUGGGUGUCUGCUCUGUGCGUGAGGGCCACUUUCCUGGCCACCUGGUGGAUGUCAGUGGCACUGGGACACUGUCUCAGAGCUACCAGUAUGAGGUUUGUUUGACCAGCGACUCUGGGACUAGCGACUUCAAGUUCCUGAAGCCCAUAUUCCACAACGUAUCUCCCAAGAGUGCAAGAGAAGCAACCCAUUAA